AUGGGUUUGAACGAGAAAUCGGCUGUGACGAAGGAGCAGAAUGAUCGUCACAAAAAGAUUUUGGACGGCCUAUUGAAGCUUCAGGAAAACAGAGAGUGUGCUGAUUGUCACUGCAAGGCGCCGCGAUGGGCGAGUGUGAACCUGGGCAUAUUCAUGUGCAUCCAGUGCUCCGGCAUCCACCGCAGCCUCGGAGUCCACAUUUCCAAGGUCCGCUCGGCCACUCUGGACACAUGGUUACCGGACCAAGUGGCAUUCAUGCAAGCCAUGGGCAAUGCCAAGGCGAACGCGUACUGGGAGGCCCGUCUGCCGCCCUCCUUCCGCCGCCCCUCUGAAAACGACAAGAUUGGCCUAGAGAGUUUCAUUCGUGCCAAGUACGAGCAGAGGCGGUGGGUGGGGUCUGAACCCCCGCGAAUCACCAACGCAUCUAACAGUGCCGCUGCUGCUGGUGCAGGGAGGGAGGGACAGAUGCAAGGGGGUCCGGGGCAGCAACAGCAGCAGCAGCAGCAGCAGCAGCAGCAGCAGCAGCAGCAGCAGCAGCAGCAGCAGCAGCAGCAGCAGCAGCAUCGCCAUCACCACCACCACCAUCACCACAGGGCAGAACGAGCUGAUUCGGCAGCAGCAGCAAGGCGUGAGGAGGGUCGCAACCACGGUGGUGUUCAGUCAUCAGCCAAGCCUGUUCCUACUACCGCCGCUGCUGCAGCUACUGCUACUGCUCCUGCUGCUAGCGCACCUUCCUCAGCCCCAACACGAGCCUCCGCCUCUGCCACCCCCUCCCCUGCACCAUCUCCGUAUCGCUCCCCUGCCCAGCCUGCUGCUCCACGCGAACCAGCUGAUCUCUUUGACCUCCUCUCUCUCAACGAUCCCUCUCCUGCUGCCGCUCCUGCUCCUGCUGCGCCUGCUCUUACCAGCACCACCACGAUCACAACGGAGUGGACUGCCUUUUCAGGUAUGGGUCGCUGUUUUGAGAUGUCUCAAAACUGA